AUGGGCCCGAUCCCAUGGGUAUUCAAUGCCGAGGUAUAUCCGAUUUGGGCGAGAAGUACAUGCGUCGCGCUCUCUACUUUCACCAACUGGAUGUUCAGUCUGCUGAUGUCGCUGACAUUUCUUAGCUUAAGCCAAACUAUCACCAAAUAUGGUGCCUUCUUUUUGUAUGCGGGUAUUUCAUUCGUCGGUUUUAUCAUUUUCUACCUCUUUGCUCCGGAAACACGAGGACGACGAAUCGAAGAAAUUGAGCUUCUCUUCAUGAACGAAACAGACCAACGAGAACAAAUGGCGCUUCGACAGAGUGCGCAACGGCAAACGACCACACUGGAAUAA